AUGGGGAACAGUGGGUUAACUACCUUGUUCAGGAGCAGAACGACAGAUUUUUACCUUGUCAGCUCCGGGUUUCGACGAAGCAACUUUUCAGGACGGAUAGCUAGGAAGGCUCAUCAGGAGGACUGACAACCGAAUUUAUUCGUCUCGACUGUCGCUGUGCGAGAUACGUCAUCAAUUAGGGCACCAUGUCAAUAUCAAUUAUUUAUAUACACACCUUUGGUCCGUAUAGCUUCUCCCGGAAGUAAAAUUGCUAUUUUUUCAGCACUGAGUCUGUAACGUAGAGGAGAAGCUUUUGGGCUAAACUCGCGACAGAGAACAUUGUCUCCGUUCAAUUGUUAGCUUCCGGAUGAAUUAAACCUUUUUCACCUUGGUAUCAUGGCCAGAGAACACAUUUCUCACGGGUGACAUACAAUCUUAAGAGAAAAAUGCGUCUGUGCUCCACCUUCCUGCUGCAGCGCUGGCUGUGGUUGUGUGUGUGCGCCAGACAGUGGCAUUGCAGCAAUGGCAACAACUGCAGACUACCGCUGUGCGUGAGGCAGAUUUGGGCCUACCUCAGACUGAUGGUCGACUCCCUCUAUUACAACACCCUCACCAACUCUGAAGUCGUCAUGGACUCUCUGAUGGAGCCCAUCCUCUGGAUGGUGGACCUACUCACCCGCAGGUUCGGGCCGGUGUUUGUAUGUCUGUUAGUGAUACUGACCACUUCUAUCCUGCUGGUAGUCUAUGUGGUUAUGCUGCCCGUGAUCUUCGACACGUACUCUCCAUCCUGGAUAGCCUGGCACAUGAGUUACGGACACUGGAACCUCGUCAUGAUUGUCUUCCACUAUUAUAAAGCUACCAAUACUGCCCCAGGAUACCCCCCUAAGAUGAAAAAUUCCCUUCCAUUUGUGUCCAUGUGUAAGAAGUGUAUCAUCCCCAAACCAGCCAGAACUCACCACUGUGUCAUCUGCAACACGUGCAUUUUGAAAAUGGACCAUCAUUGUCCGUGGCUGAAUAACUGUGUCGGCCAUUUUAACCAGCGUUACUUCUUCUGCUUCUGUGUCUCCUUGAGCCUGGGCUGUGUCUACUGCAGCAUCAGUGGCCGGAACCUCUUCCUAGAUGCUUAUAGUGCUCAUAGUGCUAUAGAGCGCUUCAAACACAUGGACUUUGAUAAAUCACGUGUCCCGGUGACGGGGAAGGGGCAACUCAUAGGCAUCUUACCGCCUGUGCAGAGCACCAACCAGACUCCCCCCUUAACGUUCAAAGACGAGAUGUUCCACAAGAGUAUCAUUUACAUGUGGGUGUUAACCAGCGUGGUGGCUGUAGUUCUUGGGGGGCUGACUAUCUGGCACGCAGUGCUGAUAUCCCGAGGAGAGACCAGCAUAGAGAGACACCUCAACAGCAAGGAGACCAAACGGAUGCGGAGAUUUGGCAAGGUGUACAAGAACUCCUUUAACUAUGGCAGACUGAACAACUGGAAAGUCUUCUUAGGUGUGGAGAGGAAAAGUCAUUGGCUGACGCGAGUCAUCCUGCCCUCAGGGCAUGUCCCCAUUGGGAACGGCCUGACCUGGGACAUCUAUCCAUUCAGAAAAGACAUGAUGCCCGUCUGAGCCAAAUACAAAAAAAACUGAAUUGAGACUUCUACAAAAUGAGGAAACACCUGAUGGCUGUCUGACCACUGACCCCACAGACUCUGUCCACACAGAACUACAUCUCCCAGCGGCCCCUGCUCCCUACAUAUACCGAUGUGACAUGACCAGGUUUUGUAGACGAGCAGGAGAGUGAAUACUGGGAGGACAACAGGGAAGAGAUGGGGAAUGUUUGCUGCUCCUAAGUGAAACAACCCUACAAAAUGUUUCAACCCUGGUCCUGGCAUAGUGGUCUUGGCUUGUGUAAUAAAGGCCAACCACACUACAGAACUUGUAAUGAUGUGGGGAUGAACUGUUUCAUAAUGUUUUCAGACUGUGCUACAGAGUACCACAGUAUGAGUCGUCAUAUUACCCAUAAGACCUAGAGGUCAAACAGGGGAAUUAUUCCAAUUAUUUUUUCCACCAUUCACUUUACCCAUAGGGUUUUUUAAAAACACUUAAAUUAUGGGCUGGGAGGGGCCUCCCGGGUGGCGCAGUGGUCUAGGGCACUGCAUCGCAGUGCUAACUGCGCCACCAGAGUCUCUGGGUUUGCCCCCAGGCUCUGUCGCAGCCGGACGCGACCGGGAGGUCCGUGGGGCGACGCACAAUUGGGCUAGCGUCGUCCGGAUUAGGGAGGGUUUGGCCGGUAGGGAUUUCCUUGUCUCAUCGCGCUCCAGCGACUCCUGUGGCGGGCUGGGCGCAGUGCGUGCUAACCAAGGGGGCCAGGUGCACGGUGUUUCCUCCGACACAUUGGUGCGGCUGGCUUCCGGGUUGGAGGCGCGCUGUGUUAAAGAAGCAGUGCGGCUUGGUUGGGUUGUGCCUCAGAGGACGCAUGGCUUUCGACCUUUGUCUCUCCCGAGCCCGUACGGGAGUUGUAGCGAUGAGACAAGAUAGUAAUUACUAGCGAUUGGAUACCACGAAAAAUUGGGGAGAAAAGGGGAGAAAAUUUAUAAUUUUUUGUUCUGAUAACUGUGUAAAUCUUUCUAGGACAAGGUGACUUAUCAAUAUAUUUGCCUGUAUUUACCCCCCCCCCCCCCCAAAAAAAAAAUGAACCGCUACUGUGACUAUCAUAAAGAACUACAAAUGCCAUGAUGAUCAGGAGGAGACUUUCGAAUCAAGGAAAAGGUAAGAAUCUCGGGAUUAACUAUCUAAUGUCAGCUAAAUGUAAUGACUACAUUGGCACCAUUUCUUUAGAUGGACAGUUCUGUGAACUGCAAGUUUUCAAUGGACAGAAUACCUGUUAGCAAAGGUGUUAGCUAGAGAUGACAUGCAGGGAUCUGUAGUCUUUCAUGAUGUCUACUUUGACGCUAAUUACUAUUUUGAUUUAAGUCACCUUGUCAAAGAUUUACAUGGUUAUCAAAACGUCACGCCACGGGUAACUACACAAAACACAGCCCUUAUUUUAGGUGGUUCUAAAAUCUAUGGGAAAAAAUGAAUGGUGGAAAAACGAUCGGAACCAUUUCCCGGUUUGACCGCUAGGUUUUAUGGGUAUUACGACGCGUGCACAAUAGGACUCUGGUGUACAUUAGGCAUGUCAAACUCAUUCCAUGGAGGGCCAAGUGUCUGCAGGCUUUUGUGUUUUUCCUUUCAAUUAAGCCCUAGACAACCAGGUGCGUGGAGUUCCUUACUAAUUAGUGACCUUAACUCAUCAAGUACAAGGGAAGUACUUGAUGAGCGAUGUCUGUUUGCGAUAUUACAUUUCCUAAAAACAAUAACAAAUGUGGAUCUCGGCUUGAAUCUAUUUUUAACAUUGUGAUAAGGAGCACAUUCAAAAUCAUAAAACAUGUUAUCCCAUCUUGACAUUGAGAAAAAUCACUGAAAAGGGGUUGACGGUAAUGGUUAACGAUGUCAUAAAUCAGCCAUAACUCCCCUUGCUACCGGGAGAAUGGAAUCAAGGGAGGGGCAUUUGAAUGCAAGCUUAACAAAACAUUUGAACUUGUUUAAACAUCUAACAAUGAGUAACAGGGUUAACGUGUUAUGCUCGAUGCACUCGGUCUUCUACCCCCCCAAAACACUGUAUGUCUGUACAGUUGUACAUUUGUUGACCCUGGAGUUAUGUUAUGUCCCCCCCCCCCCAUGUUCUGUAUUGUUCAGUUGACGGUAUCAUAUAAAAAAGUAGUUGACUCUGA